AUGGACGCAGCAGGCAGAGAUGCCAACCCGCUGGCCGGCUACCGGAUAGGCAAAACCCUCGGCAUCGGGUCCUUUGGUAAGGUGAAGAUCGCCGAGCAUAUAAUUACGGGCCACAAGGUCGCAAUCAAGAUCCUCAAUCGCCGUAAGAUCAAGAGCAUGGAGAUGGAAGAGAAAGUGAAAAGAGAAAUCAAGAUACUGAGGUUAUUUAUGCAUCCUCAUAUCAUACGACUUUAUGAGGUCAUAGAUACCCCAGCGGAUAUUUAUGUUGUUAUGGAGUAUGUUAAAUCUGGGGAGUUGUUUGAUUACAUUGUUGAGAAGGGAAGGUUACAAGAGGAAGAAGCUCGUCGCUUUUUCCAGCAAAUUAUAUCUGGUGUGGAAUAUUGCCAUAGAAAUAUGGUGGUUCACCGUGAUCUGAAGCCAGAGAACCUUCUGUUGGAUUCGAAAUGUAAUGUUAAGAUUGCAGAUUUUGGCUUAAGUAAUGUUAUGCGUGACGGCCACUUUCUGAAGACUAGUUGUGGUAGCCCAAAUUAUGCAGCACCCGAGGUGAUAUCAGGUAAACUGUACGCUGGCCCUGAAGUUGAUGUUUGGAGCUGUGGUGUUAUUCUGUAUGCCCUUCUUUGUGGCACUCUUCCAUUUGAUGAUGAGAACAUACCAAACCUUUUUAAGAAAAUAAAGGGGGGAAUAUACACCCUUCCUAGUCACUUGUCUCCUUUAGCAAGAGAUUUGAUCCCAAGAAUGCUGGUUGUUGAUCCUAUGAAGAGGAUUACCAUACGUGAAAUCCGUGAACAUUCAUGGUUCAAAGCUAGACUUCCACGCUAUUUGGCCGUGCCUCCUCCAGACACUGCACAACAAGUCAAAAAGCUUGACGAUGAAACUCUGAAUGAUGUUAUCAAAAUGGGAUUUGACAAGAAUCAGCUCACUGAAUCUCUUCAAAAGAGAUUGCAAAAUGAGGCGACAGUUGCAUAUUAUUUACUCCUGGACAAUAAGCUUCGUACAACCAGUGGCUACCUUGGAGCCGAGUAUCAAGAGUCAAUGUGUGAUAUGCAGGACUCAUCUUUCUCCCAAGUUUCACCUGAAACACCAAGUUCAGCAUCUGAAGCUCGGCAGUAUGGUUCUCCAGGGUUUGGCUUGAGGCACCAUUUUGCAGCUGAGAGGAAAUGGGCUCUUGGUCUUCAGUCUCGAGCACAUCCACGAGAAAUCAUAACUGAAGUGCUUAAAGCUCUGCAAGAGCUAAAUGUUUGCUGGAAGAAGAUUGGGCACUAUAACAUGAAGUGCAGGUGGAGUCCUGGCUUUGUUGAGACUAUGAUGCAUAACAACAAUGGCUUCGGUGUGGAAUCUGCUAUAAUUGAAGCUGAUGGCCUCAGUGACAAAUCAACCCACAUCGUGAAGUUUGAAAUUCAGCUCUACAAAACAAGGGAUGAGAAGUAUCUUCUCGACUUGCAAAGGGUCAGUGGACCACAGCUCCUGUUUCUGGACCUGUGUUCUGCCUUUCUAACCCAGCUGAGAGUCCUCUGA